AUGUUGGCGGUCUUGCUAAAGGAUUCCUUGUCCCCGGCGGCGAUUCCGAAAAUCCUCUCGAUCCCCGUCUCCUGGCACAACGAACAAAAUACGAAACUCGAAGAAGCUGCCGAUCUCUUCUACGACGGAAUCAUGCAAGCUCCUGGACUCAUCCCAAUCAUGCCGUCGGGAGCGAUGUACAUGAUGGUCAAGAUUGAUUUCUCCCGACUGGAGAAUUUCUCCUACGACAUGCAUUUCUGUCAGACACUCGUUUCGGAAAAAUCCGUGUUCGUCCUUCCCGGAAGCUGUUUCGGCUUUCCGAACUUUUUCCGAGUCGUAAUUCGAUCCCCAAGGAAAAAAUUCCAGAAGCUUGUCAACGAAUCGUCGACUUUUGCAACGAUAAUGUGA